AUGCACAUUUCAGGAGAUGGUGGCACGCAGAGCAGAGUUCGAGAAACGUCCAAUCGUCAAGGAAGAAAAGCUCCGUAUUUCAACUGCCCACACGAAGGAUUCCAUGCCUCCCCAUACAACUGCCAGACUUUCUACCGAUGCGUAGAUAUGGGCAGUAGCAACCACCUGCUAAAAGAAGGUGGCGCAGGAAGUCGGCCAAAACUCACAGCGUUUGAGUUCCACUGUGGACAAGGCACGGUGUUUGAUCCUGCACAUUCUGUUUGUAAUCAUCCUCAUGAAACGUCCAGAUUCGAAUGUGGAGGGAAUCCAGAUAUAGAAAGAGUGCGUCAAUCUCCUCCAAAUGACAAAGACAAUGAAGUUGACAAUGCCUAUGUUCCUCAGAGUGGAUCACCGGAAGGAACUGAUGCGCCGAGUUCACCAACUCAACUUUCAACUUCCCGAACUGUAUCACCGAGAACAGAUAAUGAUAAUUCUGGCACUACAAAAGCAGCAACAUCCGCCCCUCCUAAACCCACAUUACACCCUGAAAGUCAGGGUAUAACUACUGGAUCUUGUACAAAUGAAGGGUUCUAUUCGACACCUGGGGACUGCAAGAAGUUUUAUCGCUGUGUUGCCAAUGAGAAAGGCGGUCACACCAAAUAUGACUUCACAUGUGGAGAAGGAACGGUCUGGGAUCCGGAUAAUAAUGUUUGUAACCAUGACUGGGCUGUGCAGAGAAGAGACUGUGGUAGUGGAAGUUCAGGAGAUGGCGAACAAUCAGAAAAGGGUCCAGAACAAGCUGAACAGGGGGGCGCACCCGGAGAAGGAGGUGUUUCCGGGCUAGAGAGUGCUUCUGAAGAAAGCGGCGUGCCAGGACAAGGUGGCUCUGUGGGAGAAGGAAGUAAGCCACAGCAAGGUAACUCAGGAUCGGGAUGUAACAACAGUAACUCCGAGCAACAAGGACCACAAAAAUUACCACAGACCGGAAAUGGUGAGCAAGGCUUCAGUGGUUCUGAGACUACAACGGCAAUAGCAAUAUCUUCAACGCCACUUACGUCUGAUAGCACAGCAGCUUCUUCUACAGACCGAUGUUCAAACGAAGGAUUUUUCCCUGUAAGUGGCGACUGUAAAAAAUUUUAUAGAUGUGCCGAUAAUGGAAAAGGUGGAUAUACAAAGUAUGACUUUUCAUGUGGCGAAGGUACCGUUUGGGAUCCAGAAAAUAACGCUUGUAAUCACAAAUGGGCAGUACAACGGAAAGACUGCAGAGGAGGAGAUGAAAACGAGACAGGAGACAUUUCGGAAGGAAGUAAUAACUCUCAAGGUACAACCACAACAACAGCAACAACUUCAGUUGACAUUCAAAAAUCAACUACCUCACCGGGAGGAACUUCUUCAGCUACUACAUCAUCUUCAUCCUCAUCACCCACAAGCAGCAGUGCUACUACUCAGUCUCAGUCAACAAUUACCAGUAGUAGCAGUACUGCAUCAUCAUCAUCAUCGUCUUCUUCUUCUUCGUCCUCUUCCACAUCUUCGUCGUCAUCGUCAUCUUCAUCUUCCUCCUCCUCCUCUUCAAGUAGCAGUAGUUCAACCUCUUCCACAAGUAGUUCCGACAGUAACCAACAAUUAACCACUUCGUCUGCAAGUGGAAGUCAAACUUCUACAACGUCUGGAGUAGAAUCAACAUCAAGUGAAAAUAAUCAACAAUCUGAGACUUUAAGUGGAAGCAGCCAACAGUCCACCACUAAUGUAAGCGAUCAACAAUCUACAAGCACAAGUGGAAGCAAUCAACAAUCUACUACUACAGCUGAAAAUAACCAACACACAAAUGAAAGUAACCAACAAUCCUCAUCAAGUGCAAGCAAUCAAGAAUCUGCCACAUCUGGUAGCCAACAAUCUGGCAGUACGUCUACAACUUCAUCGUCAGAGAAUAUUCAACAAUCCUCUGGACCACCUACAAGCGAACAAGUCUCAUCCGCAGGAAAUGGACAGUCUACUAUCUCAGGAAGUGAAGGGUCUUCUGGCCAGGAAGGUGAUAUAAAUGGUAGUCCGGAAGGAACAACUCCUGCAGCACCUGAAUCACCACCUUCUACGACGUCUUCUCCGACCUCAAAUUCAGGAGAUGAGCAGGGAAGUUCGACAAUUCCCAUUAAUGGCCAAGGAGGCCCCACAACACCAGGAAGUCUGGGAAGCUCAAAUACAAGUGAGGGUCAAAGUUCAUCUGCUACAGCAAACCAGCCAUGCAACCAGCAAGAAACACAGAACCCAUUAGCUGGGCAAAUUAAAUGCGAGAAGGCUGGUUACUACCCUCACCCUACUGACUGCAGGAAGUUCUAUCGCUGUGUAGACUGGGAUGGGGACAAGGGGGAGAGAUUUUCUAUAUAUCACUUCGAAUGUGGAGAAGGAACUAUAUUCGAUCCGAGCUUGAACGUCUGUAACCAUGCUGAAUCAGUUUACCCACCGAGAGAUUGCAGUGGGAGUUCUACCGAAUCUAGUGAAAAACCAAGUUCAAUACAGCAAACCACACCUCCUGGGUCAACAACCAGCGAAUCGUCAAGCGCGACUCCAACAACAUCUGAAAAUAUGGUACCGUCAACAACCGGCGAAUCAUCAAGCGAGACUCCAACAACAUCUGAAAAUUUGGUACCGUCAACAACCGGCGAAUCAUCAAGCGAGACUCCAACAACAUCUGAAAAUUUGGUACCGUCAACAACCGGCGAAACGUCAAGCGAGACUCCAACAACAACUGAAAAUUUGGUACCGUCGACAACAUCUGGUGACAAAGAAACAGACGCUGGUACGUCUGAAGAUGCCUCAGAUGCAACAGUGGGCGAAACAACAACAGCAGCAGCAGCAUCAACUGGUCCAGCAGAAACAACCAUUACGAACCAAGAAAUAACAAACAUUACCGGUGUAACAGAAGCUCCAACAGGUGCAACGUAUCCUGACUCCACUGUAACAGACGCUCCUACAAGCACGACGACUCAGGAAACAACCGACACGGCCGGUGAGGUAACAGCAGGAACAGAAGAAACAACUACAGCCACAAAUGAAGAGACAGCCGGCACUGCUGGGUCUACAGAUUUGACAACAUCUACAGCAGGCCUUACUGAAGAAACAGCCAGUCCUCUGGAGACUACAAAUACGGGAACUCCUAACCCCACAGAACAGACAAGUGGCAUUUCCGAAACGGCGGGUGUAACCGAAACAACAACUACAGGAAACUCUGGGACCACAAAGAUUCCUGAAGUUGGAUCAUCUACAAACAAUCCCGACGAAAAUGCAGAAGCGACAACAGAAGUCGCACCUCCUACUUCAGGAGGCGGGGGCCAAUGUCCAACUGUGGGCGCACUGAAUCAGGAUCAAUUCUUAGUGGUCUGUCCUACUGGCUUCAGGAGACAUCCGAAGUACUGUGACCUCUUCUAUCAAUGUACAACAAAUAGACAAGAGAUGAAUAUUCUAGUGUUUGCUUGCACGAAUGGUACGCUGUUCGAUGACGAGAAGAUACAGUGUCUACCCCCUCAACAGACAUCGCCUUGCCAGGGUGGGGUAGCUGGGGGAAGGUUUAACAGGAGGGCUGACGAGAGCAGAGGAUCUCUGCCGGUACUUGUUAAUACUAGGGCUCAUUUGUGUCCGGGUCCCGGGUAUUUCCCUUAUGACAGCGACUGUUCCCGUUUCUACAAAUGCAAGAAAGACUCCAGAGGAAAGCUUGAGGGUUACAUGUACGAGUGUCCGUCUGGAUAUGCAUUCUGGGAAAUUUCACGACGAUGUGAGAAAGUCGCCAAGCUUCCAUCCUGUGUACGUGGGAUACGAAAAGGAAUUUCAGGAAAUGCGCCAAUUGAGACUCGGAACGUUGGUUCCAGGAACCUGAAAGUGACAGGGAAUGCUCAGCUAAAAUAGAUAGGACCAGUUCUAUUUUUAAGUGUUGAUACAAACGUAUGACAUUGCGUUGCUCCUGUGCAAACAAACAAUUCCACUAAAAAUGAGGAAAAGUGACAGCAAAUUUUUAAAUUCUUUGACAUAAAAUACGUAUCUUCUGGUUGCAUUUUUCUUAGCUGUUCCAGUUUUAUCUGCGAUGAAAUUUACCAUUAUUUCUCAUGCACGUGUCGAAGGCCUAUAACACGUUAAUGGCAUAAACUUUGUUUCGCCGUUUGGUUUCAGAUCAACGGAGUUGUAGUUACAGAACACUCCCGAAUCUCAUACUUUAGAGUAAAGUUUUAUUACAAACCAUUAAUAAUAUUUUCUGUCAUAUUUCGCGUGUUUCUAUACGAAGAGAAUUCAUAAAGAAUUUUGAAGUAAUGUGAAACAAUAACAACAAAUCGUAUUUCUGCUCUAAUCAGAUUUAGCAUAUUUAUUGUUGCGCCUUGUAGUGUGGUAGAAAUUUACCGACGAUUCAGACGUGCAAACUGCCUCCAACAUCAAUACAAUUGCUUCUGAAACGUCGGUAAACUUAUACCAGCUUUCACUUCGCAACAUUCCAGAAAACAUUCGUCUUCAUACCCGCCGCCGUCAGAAAAUGUAAUUUCAUCGAUCUCAGUGAUCGAAGAAAAAUGUAUUCAUUAGUUAGGGUUCAGGUGUUGUACAGUCUAGUUCAUAACUGUCUGUUCGUUUUAGCUGUUAGACAAUUGUGUGCACUUGUGAACAUGACUGUACUGUGAAACCGAAAAUAUUGCAGCAAUGUAAUGAACUGUACUGUGUAAUAAUAAAUAUACUGGGAUCCCGAGGUGAUGGUAUUUUUCAUCAGAUUGUCAUUUUAUCAAGUUUUAUUUUAUGUUAUUUAUUACAUAUACAAUAUUGCAUUGUUCUGCAACAUUUCUAGUUCCAAGAUACUAGGUACCAUAUUAUCAAUGUUAAAAGAUUCUAGUGACGUAUUUUUACAUGUGUUAACAAAGCAUGCUAAUAAAUUUGCAUCAAAAUAUGUGUAAUUUGAAAGCUGUAAGCCAGUGAUCUUGAAAGCAUUACUCUUGCAUAUCAACUCAUUUUAUUAUACGACAUGUUACAAGGUCAUGUUUGUAUUCGGAAUGGAUGAUUACUUGCACAUAGAUAAGUACAUGAAACGUUAGAAGUCAGUACAAAAAUUAUUCUACUUUGAAAACCGGUUGUUAAAAAAAUAUGUUUUAAGGAAAGAUAAACUUAUAACAAUAUAUUAGGUGCUUAACAUUCCUAGGAAUGAAGCAUCUAAAAUUGAUUCUUGUUUUGCAUAAUUCUUCUACUAUUUAUAAAGUUGCACGUUUCUUUACAAGUUCUAAAUUCGAUUAUCUUUCCUAAUGCUAUCACAAUUUUCAAUACCGGUAUAUAAUUUUAAGAUUAAUUUUUCUUUGAGAGAGACAUCGUCUUACCAUGACAUAUCUGGCUACAGUACACGUGUUUUAAACAUGGCCCGUACGCAUACCUUCUACAUCUCAGUCUUUACCACAUAGCUUUUCAAGAAGUGGGAAACAUGAAAGUCACAGUCACAGUCUGACUGGCAGAAGGGCGUUGACUAUUAGGCCUAAUAUAUGACUUAGAUAACUACAGCACAGUACAUGUGAUAGCCCAAGUGUACGUUUUGACGUAUACCACACCACUAUCAGCAGUGUUCUGUCUUUACAACAUAAUAUAUUUCUGCCUGCGGAAACCAAGCGUGAAACAGCCAGUACUGUCAGACAGACAUAUCUAAGUGUAGUGUUGCCUCUUAUGACGCUGAAAUUAUUUUUUGGCCCUUAAAUCUUAGGUCAUGCAUGCAGGACUGGAGACAGUAUAUUUGUAGUAUGACAGAUCUGCACAUUUGAAUUUAAAACUUCAGAAAUCUAUUGCUGUUCAUUAAUACGUAUGUGGUUAGUACUGUAUGACAAUUCUGUCUUCAGACUUAAGUUAUCACGUGAACGUAAGAAAGAUCAGUAACAUUAUUUUUUAAGAUAAAGGCAUCAGCUGUACAGUUAUUCUGAAGCUUCACUUACGACAAAAAAAAUAUAAUAACCCCACAGUGCUGCAAAUUUUACAAACCUGUAACGGUCUUAAUAAUUUGUACACAAGAACAAAGGCUGAUACAAAUUUGUGUUGAAACAUGUUUAUUACUCAAUAAAAAUAUUUAAAACAG